AUGACCGUCGAGCUACCCUCUCGUGUUACUGGCGGCUGCCUCUGCAAAGGCAUUCGCUACACAAUCACCUUUCCCAAAGAUCACGACUUUAUGCGCAGCUGCUCGCAGUGCCGCAAACAGUCGGGCUGCCUCGUCUUUCGCGUGCAAAAGGUGCCGCGGAGCAGCAUCACCUUUACCUCGCAGGCAACGCUCAAGAUUUAUAGGGCGACGCCGGGCAACGCGCGCGGAUUCUGCGGCGCGUGCGGCGGCUUUGUGUUUUGGGCGGCGGAUGAAGAGGACGAGAUGAGCGUGUGCGUGGGCACGCUUGAUGAUGAUGUGUUGCAGAGGCAUGGAAGGGUGCUGACGUAUGCGGAGAGACACUUGUUUUGCGUCAAUGAGAUUCCGGGCGUGACGGACCAUUUACCUGGGACCAAGCAUCAACGAGGGGAUUGA